UUUCGUCACUGGAUACAGGAAGUAGUUUUGUAGCAAAUCUUUACGUGGAUAGGUUAUCAAACUUUACCGCGGUGAAGUCGGGUUUCUGAUGGAUGUUCGCCGCGAGUUUCUCCCUUAUAUAUGUUUUUAAAAGAUUUCCAAUCAGAGGAUUUCUGACCGAUGAAUUUAGCACGAGCUAUUCCAGGCGUUUUCUUCUGCAUCUUUUUUGUGGGAUCCUGUUUCUCAAAUAAGUAUGUACUUUCUGUCUUGAAGUUUACAUAUCCCACCCUUUUCCAGGGGUGGCAAACCUGCAUUGGAGCUCUUCUGCUUUUGGUGACUGGGAAACUGGGAUGGGUGGAAAUCAAUGGUUUUCCCAGAUCUGCAGCAGUGUCCUGGCUUCCAGGAUCAGUCCUUUUUUUGGGGAACAUAUAUGGUGGAUCCAAAGCCUUGUCCAUUCUGCCGAUCCCGUUCUUUUUUGUGUUGCAAAACGUGUCAGAAGUGGUCUUCUCUCUUCUUGUUAGAUGGACUCGAAAAGAGAGGUCAUCGUGGGUGAAGACAUUCAGUGAAAGCCUGAUGCUGCUGUCAGCUAUUACUCUUGCACUUCAAAAUCGUCAGUUUGGGCUAAAUGGUUACAUAUGGGCGGUCAUCCACUUUUGCUGUGUUGGGUCAUACAAAGUGUUCCAGAGGAACUCAACGUCUAGCCAUCUGAGUGAUCUUGAACAACAGUUAAUCAACUACAUGGUCAGCAUCUUGCUGUUAGCUACUGCAACACAUCCAACAGGUGAUCUUUUUGGUGCUCUGGAUUUUCCCUUCCUUUGGUCCUAUACAUUCUAUAGUGGCUGUUUUGCCAGUGCUAUACUUGGCUUUUUUCUGGUGCUAGCAUCGGUGAAGUUGAAGAGCGGACUUUCUUUGGUGCACUGCGCGGUCUGGCUGUUCCUGGCCAAGAUACUGGCUUCUGCUCUGUCCAUUUUUAUAUUCAGCAUAGAACUGGGACCCCUAACAUUAUGCUGCAUCCUUACAAGCCAUGUUGCCGAGGCGCUGUCAAUUCACGCAAACAGCCUUCUGGAGAGCUAAAACAAAUUUCAUUACGCAAUCACAUAAUGAUGCUUCGCCUCGGCUUAUCUUUCUUUUCGUUCUAAUAUUAUGCAAUAUAACCGCUGAUAAUCAUGACAGUUCAGAGUAUUUAAUAUCAAAAAAUGCCAUUUCCAGAUGUUUGUGUUUGCAUAUUUACAUAUCUGUGAUCACUGUACUGUAAUAGGAAUUACUGAUGGCAUGGUCUACACAGGCAAUAUGCUGUGUCUAAAUAUAACAACAAACGGUUUUAAAAAACAGUAUAUCUUCUUGCUAGGUAUGUAUAUAUUUUGUAUUAACAGCUGGAUGAUGUAACAGAAAUAGAUUCUGCGGUUAGUAAAUUUCAUUUUUAAAUUAGGACACGGAGUUACUUUGGAUUGAGUUUAAGACUGUAACUAAACUAGCCAGCUUGGUAACUAGUAUAUUAUUAGUUAGCAUGUCAUCAUUACAUAGCAUUGUUGUAUGCUCUUGCCACUUUCAGUAAUUCCUAAUGUCCUAUUGCUCAGUAUUAUAUUACAUGCUGAGGGUAUUUUUCAGGGCACUUUGAUUUUUAUUUUGUGCUUGUUUACAUUAUUAAUGCUCUAAAGACACAUCAUGUAUGACUGUUUUGUCUAGGGAAACUCAAGUAAAUUAUGUCUAUCGUCUUAUAAUGCUUGGUUAAUACUGUUUCUUGAUUUUAAAAAUGGAACUGAAAAACAAAAACUGCACUGAAGGGCUUUGUGCAUAGAACUACAUGACAACAUUGACAAAAACAUUUAUAAAUGCAUAAUCCAAUAGAUGUUGACGGUCACCAAAAUCAGUCCGUGACUACGUUUACAUGGACGGCAGUAAUCUAAUUAUUGACCUUACUCUGAUUAAGGUGUUUACAUGAGUCCCUUUUAGAAUACUCCUUUCAUGUUCCGGUUUUACACGUUCUAGAACAUAGAUCGAUUAACAGCACACGUCAUUACGUCACUGCGCCACGCCGUCCGACGUUCCCUCCUGAAUUUCAUGCGUCAACAUACAGUUUUGGGUGUUUUUAUUUAAAAUUUUUACGAACGCUUCAAGUGCGGUUAAUUAUUUGUCGUGCUGUACGUGCAAACAGACGACUGCUUGAAGCGGUGGUACAGUUUGGGUUGGGUACAGUAGCAGGUAAGUAUGCGGUUUGGGACGCAGCCGUGCUCUUGUUUGUCGUCACAAGGUUGUACGUGUCCUGUCGCAAAAUGCGGUGAAAACUCCCACACGACGUUAAUAGUGUGAUUAAGGUGUGUACACGUCUGUAACGCACGUCGAUAAUGCGAUUAAAACAGGAAUACGCCACACGUCUUAAUUCCAUUUAUGUUUACUUCGAGUAUGACUUUAUUCGGAUUAAGGUAAGAAAAAAUUGCUGUUUACAUGGUAGUUUCUUAAUCAGAGUAUCGUCUUAAUCGGGUUAAAAUUGGAUUAUUCUGUCCAUGUAAACGUACUGAGUGUGACAUUAGGUUGUGUAAUGUCACUUUCUGGGGUGAACUGACUUAGCUGGUUAUGACAACUGACUGUGUAGCUCAGUGUACACACUGCCAUUUCGAAGCUGAGAAAAGACGGGAAACUCAGUCAGAGGAACUGCCCUAGCAUUGGGCAUAGCCAAUACAACAAUUUGGAAUAUUCUGAUAAAUAAAGAAACCAGUGGUGUACCGAGCAACAGACACUGAAUGGAUUGGCCAAGGAAGACGACUACAGCUGAUGGCAGAAACAUUGUGAGAGCCGUGACGAUAAACACAAAAACAACAGUCAGUGACAUCACCAACAACCUCCACAGGGCAGGGGUGAAGGUAUCACAAUCCACCGUUGGAAGAGGACUUUGAGAGCAGAAAUAUAGAGUCCAUACCACAAGAUGCAAACCACUCAUGAGCAGUAAGAAUCAGAACCCCAGAUUGAAAUUUGCAGUAAAAUACAGAGAUGAGCCACAAACCUUCUAGAACCAAGAUUGACCUCUACUAACGUGAUGGAAAGGCCAAAUCAUGGAGAAAGAAAGGAUCUGCUCAUGAUCCAAAACAUAGCUCACCUGUGAAACAUGGUGGCGGUAGUGUCAUGACUUAGGCUUGCAUGGCUGCUUCUGGAGCAGGCUCAGUAAUCUUAAUUGAUGAUGGAACUCAUGUUGAUAGCAGCAGAAUGAAUUCAGAAGUUUACAGGAACAUUGUGUCUGCCAGUUUACAGAGAAAUGCAUCCAAAUUAAUCAGGAGGAACUUCAUCAUGCAGCAAGACAACGAUCCAAAACACACCGCCAACACAACACAGGACUUCAUCGGGGGGGUGGUGGAAGGUUUUAGACUGGACAAGUCAAUCACCAGACCUUUACCCAAUUCAGCAGCAUUUCACCUCCUGAAGAGGAGACUAAAGGGAGAACCCCCUGAAACAAACAACAGCUGAAAGACGCUGUGGUAAAAACCUGGAAAAGCAUCACAAAAGAAGAAACCAACAAUUUGGUGAUGUUCGUGAGUCGCAGGCUUGAUGCAGUUAUUGCAAGCAAGCGAUAUGCAACCAAAUAUGUUAUAAGUGUUAUUUAAUGUACUUCAUGACUUAUCUGUUCCUAUACUUUUGCUCACCUAAAAAUCGGGCAGUCUGAUACAAAAAGGUUCUAUGUUUUAUAUUGCUGAACAUAUCUAGAUGUAAAUACCAGGAAAUAAAAGCUGAAAUCCUAAA